AUGACAGGUGUCAAGGGUCGAGUCGAGUUCCACCUGGAAAACUCCCCUCUGGGAUAUGAAGUGAUCGGGGAACGCCCGCAGGAGAACGAGAGCGCGGCUGAGAGGCCGUCGGAGUCCGGGGAGGGCCAGUCCAACACCGGCCAGAGAGGUCAAGUAACGUCUGCUACAGCCGAGCUGCAAGAUGACGACGAUAAUGCGGGUGACGAAGAUGCUCCGCUGUCGGUACUGGCUGACGUCGCUCUGGCGCCACCCCGCGGUGAUACUGCCUCCUGCAGCUGGGACAGUGAGGCCUACAGCUUUCUGGAGCUCGGAUUCCAGGAGACAUGUAUCCAGUCCAUGCGGCUGCAGCUUCAGUUCCUCCUGAGCCAAGCAGAUGACUUGAUGAAAGGGCAGGAUGAUCAAGAGAGGAAGGCUCAUGCUGCUGCCGUACCAGACUUCCUAUUCACCUGUCAGCCUUAUUUUAACUAUGUGGAGUCCACAGCACAGAGAAGCCUGAUGUCCGAGCACACCCCUCUGAGUCAUGAAAUCUACACACAGCUGUUGGACUUCUCUGAGCAGCUGUGUGACAAGUUGGAACAGCUGGUGUUAAACCACGCCAAACACAGUCUCCUCAGUUUGGAUGAAUCUGAUCCUAGCAGCUUGUCUCACUUCUGCAUCGGUCAGACUCAGCUUGGCCGACUGAGGCUGACAGCGUUCCGCUACUGCCUACCCACUCCGUACAUCCCCCAGGUUGACACGGGCUUGUACAAACGGAUGCGGUGGAACGUGGAGACGCUCCCAGGCAAACACCAGCAGGCAGAUGAGAGGCAGGGUGGAGACAGCGAGGAGAAAGCAGAAACCGUUAGAGAGACAGAGUAUUACUUCCUGUGCUAUGAGGAUAUUCCCAAUGCACACGCUGAUGCUGGUGAGGAGAGCCACAGUGACGUGGUGAGGUGGUGGUCCAUCGGCCGUUGGGUGCAGGUGAACCCAGUCCCUGACACAGAGGACAUCAAUGAAUGGAUCACGUGUGAGGUCCCUCAGGCUGACUACCACAGGCUGUUGUUCCUGGGCAGUAAGGAGCCGUCCAGCUGCAAUGCUACAGAGCUCCUGCAGCAGCUGCUGUUGUCACAGCAGACCACACUGUGACGCUCUG